AUGGCUAAUUGUGAUACUAGCGAUGAUGAUAAUAUCGAUGUACAUGAUAAUAUGGACACGGAGCUUACUAUUGAUCAAUCUGCUGAUAAUAGUCUUUUAAAUAUUACCAAUGAAUUUAUUAUUCUUGAUGUAUCAAAAUCAUUUAAGACUGAUAAUCCAUUAUGGGUAGUUAAUAAUCAUUCAACUAAUCCAAAUUUAUUUAAUCAUGGAGUAACUUCGGGUGGUAACGAUUUAAUGAUACUUUUUGGAGGUGUUUCCGAUACAACCAGUAAUCCAAAUAGUUCAAUAUUAUGGUAUUGUCAUACAGAUGAUUCUAAAAUACUUCAACCAUCAACUAUAAAUAAAGAUAAAAUUUCAAACAGAAUUUUAUUUGGUGGUAUGACUCCAAUGUCUUCAGAUAGUAAUAAUUCAUAUAUAUUUGGUGGAACUGAUCCCCUGACAUUAUCAGCAGUAAUAUCUUCACAAGAAAUAAUUUCUAUAGGUAUAAGUAGUAUUGAAUCCGAUAUUGCUAUUUCUAGUUAUAUUAGUGCAAAUGUAACUAGUUAUGAUCAUACGGUAACACUUUUAGAUGGAAAGAUUUAUGUUAUCGGUGGAAUACAUUAUUUUAAUGUAAAUUCAGGAUCUUAUGUAGAUAUGUCAUCAAUUGGUGUUUACAAUACUAAAGAUAGUACAUGGAAUACAGUGGUAAGCAUUAUUUCUUACGCAACUGGUACUCUUCCCGAUAUGCGAGAUACAAAUAGUUUAUUCAAAUUGAACGUUUUAUCAUUAACAUGGGAGAAACUUAGUAUUACGGGUCCAGAUCCUGGAUCACGAUAUGGUCAUACAUUUACUUUAGUGGGAAAUUAUAUUAUUGGAACUUAUGGUCUAUCAAAAACAUCUGAUUUACAAUCAAUACCACAACAUCACCAACAUCAACCAUAUCAGCAGCAACACCAGCCAUAUCAACAACAACAACAACGUCAGCCAUAUCAACCAUAUCAACCAUAUCAACAACGGACAAAUCAACCAUAUCAACAAUAUGUUGAAGAAGAAGUAGAUCCACUUAAUUAUGAUACAACAAAAAUUCCAUUUGGACAUCCUAAAAAUAGACAAGGAAGUGUAGGAUCUGAUCCAUCCAAAGCAAAUAAUACUUAUAAUAUUUCUUCAUCUUCUUCACCACGUAAUCUUAGCCCUUCACAUUCAUCACCCCCUUCUCCAGUUUUAGAUAAAUUAUCUUUAUAUAAUAUUACCCAAUUUUCUUCAUUUCAUCACAUUGUUCCAUCACCUCCUCCAGCGACAGCAUCAUCAUCUUCUUCCACAUUAUCCCCAUCAAAUUUUGUACCUCCGAUACCAAGACCAUUAUCAGUAACUCCUUCGGUAUCGUCACCAACUCUUAGAUCAACCUCGAGAAUGAGUGAUAUAUCAAAUCCUACUACCCGAAGUAAUAGAGAUAGUAUUAUUGGUCAGAUAAGGAGUGGAAGUUUGAGUCGAACAAUAGCAUCAGCUUCACCAACUGGAAUAAGGGAUGAUAAUGAUAACAUUACUGGUGGUGGUGGAAGAUUAUUUUCUUCGAAUAUAGAUUUGGAUUAUGAAAGUGAUUAA